UUUUUUUUUUUUUUUCUUCUUCUUCUUCUUCCUUCUUUCUUAUAUACGACCUUAAAAAAAAACGAUAAAACGACUCUUAUAAUUAUGGAUAUUCGCAAUUUACUUAAUACACAUGAUCAGGCAGAGUGCAAAUACGAAACACCUUCUUGCAAUUUUACCACUAUAAAUCAUCCAUCUGAUAAGCCUUAUGUAUGCACUUGGGAUGAAUGCACCAAACGUUUUUCCAGACGCUCCGAUCUUUCUCGACAUAAACGAAUUCAUACAGGAGAACGCCCUUAUCACUGUGAAUGGCUCGGUUGUGGAAAGCAGUUCAUUCAACGAUCUGCUUUGACUGUUCAUUAUCGUACGCAUACGGGAGAGAGACCUCAUGUGUGUGAAUAUGAAAGUUGUGGAAAAUCAUUCAGUGAUUCAUCUUCUUUAGCCAGACAUCGUCGUACACAUACGGGUAAGCGUCCCUAUGUCUGUGAUGUUCAAGAGUGUGGAAAAUCAUUUACUCGUAAAACCACUUUAUCCAGACAUCAGAGAUGCCAUGAUCCUCAGUGGAAAACUUUCAAUCUAUCUAAAGUCACAUCACCUUAUUCACCUGCUACUAGUUGUGAUUCCGAAGAUUCGCCUACUAGUCCCUCUAUGGACUAUCGUUGUUCAUCACCACCUAUGGUUGCUCCUAUUGCAUUCCGCCCUCUUCAUCACUAUCAACAAGCACAAGCCAAUUCUUAUACCCAUCACUACGAGCAACAAAAAUUACCUCAGUUUCAUCAUGCUGGUUAUUCUGAUAGAUAUUCAUCUUGGCCUGCCCAUUCUCCACCUUUUGAAAAUUCCUUUUUCACAAGACCUUCUCCUUUUCCUGUUCCCACUAAUACAACAAGAAAUGCAUAUCCCAUCACCAUCAGUUAAAUUUCACCUACUUUGGAAAACAUCAUUAUAUAUCUAUAUCGCUUCUUAUAAAUCACAAAAAACACCAAAAACAUCAAAAAAACAACCCAAAUUCUUUAAACUACAAAAAAAAAUACAACAUAUAUCACCCAAACACACACACACACACACACACACACACUCAACUUUAGACUUUUU